AUGGGAUAUAAGAUAUAUUCUAACUCUGACUUAGUUCAAACAGUAACAUGGGCAAACUAUGAAUGGUUCGCUUUGAGAAACUCAGUACAACCACAAGCUAGAGAACAAACAGACCAGUAUGCAACUAUUGAGAAAAUAAGAAGACUUGACCCUAACGUUCCAGGAGUUUAUGUUAACCUUUCUGGACAAACUGCAGCAGCAGUAACCAAAGUAAAAUUGAAACUUAGAGUUCCUUUGUCAUCUUUCCUCAUCUUCAGGUUUUUAAGAUACUUGCCAAACUGGGCAGGAAAAAUUUCUAUCGAACUUACUCCAAGCAAAAAUAACUUAGUCAUUGCACCAACACAAGACCCAUUCACUCUUACAGACGUAAAGGGAGCAAAUCAAACGUCAUUCGCCGACUUUUGCAAAAACAAAGUUGACUUAGACUUUGGUUUCUCAAACCUCAACACUGAAGUAAACUAUUAUUUCAAUGCUGCUGGAGAUGCUUGGGACCCAGUUAAGUUCACAUGCGAAAAAUUUGAAUGCAAGAGAAUAGAAAGCAGACUUGCAGUCUAUAUGUUGGACCCAGAUAUUUCAAAUGCUUUAGCUGCCAAAUAUAUUGCAGUUCCACUUAUGUUCCCUAUACACCAAAUAUCUGUCAAAGACUUUGCAGGUGAAGUUGGAAACCAAAGUGCUGACCCAGGUGCAAGAACAGAUAUUGCUUUAACAACUGCAAUGAAACAUGCAGAUACUAU